AUGGAUUCUACUCGCUUUGAGCACAAACUCUCUUUUUGUCUGGACGGCUUCAAUCCGUCUAGAGCCCAGCUAACGUGUGGGGAAGUUAUUCGCGCAAGAAUUGAUUUCGAAACAAACUCAACCUCAAUCUCUCUUCCCGACCAAACCAUCGGUCCUAACACCGACCCUAUUCCCCUCUACACUCCAAACACAAACGCCCGCAUGGUCCGUUUAUCCAGCGGAGUCAAAACCACCGAACGCUCCUCUACGUCGAGUUACUCGCUAAACUGCAUGGGAAUCUUCAAACUCAUGACGAAGCGCUUCGGUGCUAGCUACACCAACUACUCCAAUCUCAUGACCGAUAUCGAGUCAGAUAUCAUGUCAUCAACAUCGAGAGGCGAAGCAGUGCGUCACGUCAAGAUAUUGAAGGUUAGAACUGAGGUUUCUAAACUCGACAAAGCUUCGGAGAAAUUGGUGUUGGAUAUGAUAGGCCAUAAUCCAAAGAUCGGUGACCAGAAUUGUUAUGUAUCCACUGGAUGCGUGAUUUGCAUGGAGGAUUAUAAAGUAGGGUCAGUGGUGGGGAAGUGUCCUUGUGGUCAUGACUUUCAUGGAGUUUGUAUCAACGAGUGGUAUCAUAUCAAAAAUGAGUGUCCCUUGUGUCGAAAUCAUCUCUCUCGUUCAUCAUCACCCUUUAGACUUUUACUUUGUUUAUAG